UUUCUCGUUGCAGACCGGACCCGGCCGGAACUGAUCCCCGAUGACCAGCAGCGGAAAUACUUGCAGGAAAUCCAGAAUUUCCAAGAUCCGGAGAUUGCGCGGCAACUGGAAGAUUUCAGGGAGAAGCGCAAGAUGGGCAUGACGCCGGGGGAGUCGGAGCUGUUUGAGCUGGAGAGCUACCGCACCAAGGACCGGGGCAUCCGGGAGGCCAAGCAGAAGCAGCUGGCCGAGUUCCUGCUGGCCCGGCUGGAGGAGAUGCACCUCACCAUUUCUGCCGACGAGGAAAAAAGUUCUGCCAUUUUUGCGGCGAUCGUGACGUAUAUGAAGCACCUGGGGGUUAAGAGCAAGGCGGCCGAGAACAAGAAGUCCAAGGCCAACUUCUUCCGGAAAAAGAUUUCAGGCGCCAAGAAGCCCGAAGAGGCGGCCAAACCAAAGAAGGGCUUCAGCAUUUUGGACCCGGCCCGAUGGGCUCGCCCGGACUCCCAUUAUUCUGAUUACAGACAGGCCAAACCCGAGGGUGAAGCGGGCGAGAAGGGCCUUCCGGCUCCGGACAGGAAGGGGGCCAAGGGGCCCGAGGGGACCCCCCUCCGCCUCAAGGGGGGAGCCUCUUCCUCUUCCUCCUCCGUUUCCUCUUCCUCUUCCUCCUCCUCGGGGCCCGAGCCGCCCGGGAUCUGCGUCAGCGUCCACCCCCCGCCUCCUCCGUCCGGGGAGGGCGGCAACGAGGGAGAGGCCGCAGGUGCGGACGGCCAAUUUGGAGUGGAUACCGGAGAUUCCGCGGUUGCCGAGCAACCCUUGACCGGGGACCAACCCUUGCCCGACGACGGGAUGGAAAACGAAAGAAGGCGGAAAAGGCUGACCGGGAGGCUGGGCCGGUCGGAGAGCCUCCGUGUGUGCGAGCGCAAGCGGUCCUUGCGUGGCUCGGGCAAAGGCAAGCAGCCGCGCUCCCGGAGCGACGUGGACGCCGAGGCCGCCACACGUGCCACGCAGAUGCAGCAGCAGGAGGCUCACAAGAUGCAGCAGAUGCAGCAAAAGGGCAGUCGCAACCUGGAGCCCCCCGGGGGAGGAGGAGGAGGAGGGGAUCCCUCUCCGCAGCCCUCCCCGCUGUCCUUUCUGCCUGCCCAGUCUGAGGAGGCUGAGCCUGCGCCGCCCCCGCCUUCGCGCAGCGUUCCGGAGCUGGAGAUGGAGCCGCCCAACUGGCGCGACCUCGUCCCCCCCGGGACCCUCCUCGGGCUGAAGAAGAGCCAGGUCAAGAGGCAGGAAGUCAUCAACGAGCUGUUCAUCACGGAGCACGCCCACCUGCGUAUGCUGCGGGUCCUGCUGGAGGUCUUCUACCAGCCCUUGUUGGCCGAGGGGUUCUUCAGCGAGAGGGACCUGGCCAACAUCUUCCCCUCCCUCGAGGACCUCGUCGACGAGCACAAAGUCUUCCUGGAGAGCUUGAAGAAACUCCGGGAGGAGAACAACUCCAUCGUUUCCGAAAUCGGGAGCGCCCUUCUGGCCCGGUUUGACGGCUCCGAAGGGAACUGGUUCCAGAAGAUCUCGGCCCGCUUCUGCAGCCGGCAGUCCUUUGCGCUGGAGCAGCUGAAGGCCAAGCAGAAGAAGGAGCCCCGCUUCAACCAGUUCAUCCAGGAAGCGGAGAGCCAGCCGCAGUGCCGCCGCCUGCAGCUGAAGGACAUCAUCCCCAUCGAGAUGCAGAGGCUGACCAAGUACCCGCUCCUCCUGCACAACAUCGCCAAAUGCACAGAGGAAGACGAGGAGCGGCAGAAAGUGGAGAAGGCGGCCGAGUGCUGCCGGCAGAUCCUCAACCACGUCAACCAGGAAGUGCGCAACAUGGACAACUUCCUGAACACGGACAUCACCAAGAAGAACCUGGUCUGCGAGGGACCUUUGACCUGGCGACUCACGAAGGACAAGUCCAUCGAGGUGCACGUGCUGCUGCUGGACGACAUCCUGGUGCUGCUGCAGAAGCAGGAGGAGCGCCUGGUGCUGAAGUGCCACAGCCGGACCAUCACGCCCACCCCGGACGGGAAGCAGAUGCUCAGCCCCAUCAUCAAGCUCAACUCCGCCAUGAUCCGGGAAGUGGCCACAGAUAUCCGGGCCUUCUACGUGAUCUUCAGCUGGGAAAACGGGGCGCAGAUCUACGAACUGGUGGCCCAGACCGUCUCCGAAAGGAAGAACUGGUGCAAAAUGAUCAGUGACACGGCCGGCGUUUUGAAGCUGCCCCACUCCGGCCGGACGAAGCCACGGCUCUCCGUCCCUAACCGGACCUCGCCCCCCAGCCCCAGCUAG